GAUAAAAAGUUCCACGAGAUGUUCCAUUCCCUUGAUAUUGUAAUACAAUAUGUUGCGAGUCCCUUUCACCUUCUAUAUUUCAUCACUCCAAAAUGGAUCCGUCGUCUGGUAGGACCUCCGAGAAAACCUGCCCGUGCUGCCAAGACUGCUAGGGCUUUCGCACGGGAAGAGGUUAGAAACCACAAGAAGAACAUGAGCCCAGGUGAUCCACAAGAUUUCACAGACUUCUACCUGAAUCAAAUAGUCCAGAGCACAGGUGACCCCGCAGCUACCUAUGAUGAACACAACCUGGUUAAAAGCAUGCUAGAUCUCUUCGGGGCAGGAAUAGAUACCACAGCGAUUACCUUGUACUGGGCAUUGCUCUAUAUGGCUGCUUACCCUCAUAUCCAAGCGACCGUCCAGAAGGAACUGGAUGACGUUCUGGGACCUUCCCCUGUAAUCUGCUAUGACGAUCGGAAAAGGCUGCCUUACACCCAUGCGGUCGUUCAUGAGGUCCUGCGCUACAGCAGCAUCUUUAGCACCACGUUCCGACGGUGCACGAAGGACACCGUCAUACAAGGCUUUCCGAUCAAGAAGGGCACUACGAUCGCAGCCAUUUUAUAUUCUUCCCUGUUCGACCCUGAGCAGUGGAAGACCCCUCAUCAGUUCAACCCGAAUCACUUCCUGGAUGAGGAUGGGAAUUUUGUCAGCAAGGAAGCCUUUGUGCCCUUCUCAGCAGGGCACCGUGUAUGUGUGGGGGAACAGAUAGCGAGAAUUGAGCUCUUCAUCGUUUUGAGCAGCCUGUUGCAGGAGUUUACGUUCCGAGCGCCGGAAGGUGUGAAAGAAAUGAACAUGAAGCGUCAGUCAAAGUCCUUCAUCGUCCGGCCUCAACCGUAUACCAUCUGUGCUAUUCCGCGUUCAGCAACAGGGAAGGAAGGCCCAUGGUGAACUUGCCACCUUCGGUAUUUCUGGAUCCCCUUUAAUUAAUGCAUUGCUUGCUCCUCACAGUAACUGUGUGAGGAUUCCCUUUGUUUCCUUUCCGACAUGCUAGGAUGGCCCGGCCUCUGUUAUUUCCCUCCAGUAUGUCAUGCGCAAAUUAUGGACGUUGUAUAAUGUGCUUAUUUCUACCCCUCUCCAUUCAUCAUUGCCAAGAACUGGAAUCUGAAAUCUGAAGAAGUGAGCCGUGACUCACAAAAGCUC